AUGACGACCGCAAUCCCGUCCAUCGCCUGCCUAGGCGUCAUCGGGCGCAACAACAACCCGCUGCACAUGUCCAUCUUCCCCUCCCACGACGCGGCAACAGACACGCUCGCGCCCCUGCGCUCCCCGCUACAGUUCUCGCUCCUCCUCUCCUCCACCAUCGACGUCUUCGACCUGCGCGCCCGGCACAGCAGCAGCAGCAACAACAACGGCGACGGCGGCGGCGCUCAACAACCCCUGGCCGGCGUCGCGGGCCUCGUCACCGGCGACGCGGGCCUCCUGCACGCCAUCGACGACCGCCUCGCCGCGUACGGCUUCGAGACCAACACGGGCGUCCGCAUGGUCUGCGUCGUCGACAUGCGCGGCCGCAGCGCCGCCGUCGCAGAUGCCGCUGCCGCCGCCGCCGCCGCAGCCUCCUCUGGCUCGGCGCCGGCGACUAGGCCUUCUGGCGCGGGCCUGCGCGAUGCCGAGCUCAAGCCCGUCUUCCGCGCUAUGCAGACGGCCUACGUGCGCCUGCUCCAGAAUCCCUUCUUCGACCCGGACGAGCAUGCUCCCCUGGGGGGGCGGGGCGGCCGGAGCAUCUCGAGCAAGCGCUUCGUUGAGGAUAUGAGGCGUAUUGGCGAGGCGUGGACGCCGGGGUGA